AUGAGAAUCACACAGAGUCCACAUAAUGUCCACCAUAUUGCUGCUGUCCAGGAAAAACUUAAAGACAGCGAGAAUAAAAUAGCCAGGUUGCGCAGUCUAAUCCAGUCUCUUAUCAAAGAAGAACCAUCGUUACCAGCUCCGGAGACGGACAUUAGUACUGCUGCUCCUUCGAUGUUGGUGACGGACACACAAGAGCCAGAGCCGGCUGGCGAUUUUCAAAUCUUCUCUAUGCAACCAGUUGUCCUACCGGAUGUGGAACCUGACUUAGACGCUCCUCCUGCUCCAAGUCAGACAUUUUUAUAUAGCAUUCUGCGUGAGAUUUCGAUUUAUAUUGAGUUCCCGGAUCACCUGGCUCAGGAUUUUGGAGAAGACCACGAACAUACCAGAGAUGGCAAAGAAAUGGUUACAAACCCAACACCAGACGUGCGUAUUCGUCUCCGGAUUCCUCUCACCAUGGAGGACUUCAAGCUCCGCUCUGUGCUGGGUAGGGGGAGCUUCGGGAAAGUUCUGCUGGCUAAAUACAAGGACACAGGCAACAUGUAUGCCUUGAAAGUAAUAAGAAAAGGAGACAUAGAAUCAUCAUCAAUACUCGAUUGGUCAGUAAAUGAAGAACAAUUAAUGGUUUUUGGAAAGAAAAGCCUUCUGAUUGAGAAGCGGGUUUUUCAAGCUGUGACCAUCAGGCGUCACCCAUUUCUUAUUAACAUGUUUGGAAGUUUCCACACUCAAGAUCACGCCGUUUUUGUGAUGGAAUAUGCUGCUGGGGGCGACCUAAAGACACACCUCAAACAAGGUCCAUUUCCAGAACCCAGAGCUGUAUUUUAUUCUGCCUGUGUCGUCCUGGGACUGGAGUUCCUACACCAACAGAAGAUCAUCCACCGAGACCUGAAAUUAGACAAUAUUGUUCUAGACGAAAAAGGGUUCGCAAAGAUCACAGACUUUGGUCUUUGCAAAGAAGGAAUCGGAUACGGAGACACAAUUGGGUCCCCUUGGGGAACACCGCUUUACGCAGCUCCUGAAGUCUUAAUGGGCAAGCCGUACACAAGAGCUGUAGAUUGGUGGAGCGCUGGAGUGGUCAGUUAUGCAAUGCUAUCUGGAAAGUUCCCCUUCGACAGCCUUGAUAUAGACAUACUGACUGCGAGUAUCAUCAAAGGAACAUUUCUAUUCCCAGAAUCUCUAUCAAGAAAUGCUACUUCGUUAAUAAGACAGCUUCUCACUAAAAAAGUAAAGGCACGACUAGGAGCCGGCAAGAAAGACGCCCAGGACGUUAAGGAGCACCCUUUUUUCCAACACAUAGACUGGGCGGCAUUAUUAUUGAAGAAUGUGACGCCACCAUUUGUGCCCACCAUUGACGGAACUGAAGAUGUCAGCAAUUUUAGUUGCAUGUUUACCUUAGAAUAUCCUAAGUUAACUCCUCCAAAAAGGCGAACUGAAAUACCGUGCUACGAGGCGGACGCAUUUGAGGACUUUAAUUGGAGAGCUGAUUGGAAUUAAUGUAAUAAGCAUUAGCUUGGGCCCCCUGGUCCCCUCCCGCCCACCUUCUAGCAUGCAAACAGGCCUUCCACCCAAAGACACACACAAAAGAAACCACACACAGAUAUAUCGUAGACUUAACCACACUUAUUUUUUACCUAGUGAAAAUACACACACAGACACACAUACAGAUGCAAACACUGACACAAAUGCAGACUCACACAUACACAGGCUCAUAUAUACACAGGUACAUACAUCAAAAUACACAGACAUACAAAGACAGAUACACAGACACACAGGUGCAUAAACGGAUACACACUGGCACACAUACAGAUAUAGAGAUACACUCACAGACAAACAUGCAGACACACACUAAAACACAGAUAAACAGACAAACAGACAAACCCUGACAUAUAUGCAGAUACACACAAUAACACACAUACAGAUACAUACACGGACACACAUGCAGUUACACAAACACGCACUAACACACAUACUGACACAUAUACAGAUACACAGACAAAGACAGA